AUGACUACUGCUGAGGACACUUGGAUACCAUUAAUUAAACAAAUUCAAGGCAAUACUUCAUCGCCUAAGAAACGGAGUGAGUGUUUAGACGUCGUUGUAUUAUCUUCUAAACGAACAGUGACUAUGCCUUCAAAUAUUUCAAACGACGAAAAAAAAUUCAAUACUAAAUCUGCUAAGAAAAAGAGUACCGAUAAUAUUACAUUAUCUGAUAUCAGUCGUCGACUAGCCAUGCGAAAAGACUUACAUAAUCGACUCUGUCUCGUCAGUGAUAUCAUGUGUUUUCUUGGCGUUUUUGGUAUUAUUCUUAUGGUUAUUGCAAAUGAAAUAACAUUUUCUCAGAUUAACCAUAAUGAUACCAUACUUAGUUGGUUUAUCAAAUUAGCUAUCAGUUUUUCAACGCUUGUUCUCAUUGGCUUUGUCUGUAAAUAUCAUCUUUUAGAUAUUUAUCUCUAUUCUGUUAAUAAUUCGAUCGAUGAUUGGCGUAUUACUGUAACAAACAAGAAAAUAUUGUUAAUUUUAUUUGAAAUAUUAAUAUGUGCUGUACAUCCUACACCUCGUUCUUUUCCUCAUCAGUUGAAUGCAUCAUUAGAAACUCGACACUUAAAUUCAUCAAUAUCCACUAAUUAUACGUUGUCUUAUAUAGCUGUUGAUGUUGCCCUUGGUUUACCUAUGUUUGGUCGCCUUUAUUUAGUUUGUCGUUUUAUUAUGUUUCAUUCUCAUUUAAUGCAUGAUGCAUUAUCUCAAUCUGUUGGUUAUCUUAAUAAAAUAUCAAUUGAUUUUUUCUUUCUCAUGAAAACUUACCUCGAACAUUCACCUAUACGUUGUCUAACAAUAUUUUGUCUAAUUAUCUUUCUUAUUGGAAGUUGGUGUUUACGUGCAUGUGAUUACUUGCCAAAUCGUGAACAUGUAUCAAUGCUUGAUUCAAUGUGGUUAUUCAUUGUAACGUUUACUACUGUUGGCUACGGAGAUUUAGCGCCUUCUACAUACUGUGGACGAGGAAUUGCUGCUUUAAUUGGCUUGAUUGGUGUAUUUUCAACUGCUCUUAUUAUUGCUGUUCUUGCACAAAAACUUCUAUUGAAUCGAUGGGAAAAACAUGUACAUAAUUUUGUAUUGAACAUUGAAUUAGCUAAAGAUCGUAGAAUACUUGCAGCAAACGUUGUUAAAGGCACAAUAAGAGUAUGGUAUUUGAGAAAUAAAAUAAAAUCUGGAUCAUCGUUUCGAUAUCUACAAGCGCAACGACAACUACUACAGUCAGUGCAUAUGCUUCAACAAACUAAACAAGAACAACGAAAAUUAGUUGACAGUUGUAUUGAUCAAACCGAUAUACUUACUCUGCAGCGUAAUACAAGUGAUAAAACACGUGAAGUUUCACAACAGUUGAAGAUAAUGAAAGUUAAAAUGGAUAGAAUAGAACGAGAACUUGCUGAGAUGAACAUAUACAUGAACAAUGCAAUAAGGGAUAUACAAAAUACAUUGAAUACACUAUUAGAUAAGAUUACCAAAUAA